AAUAGGAUAAAAAGCCAAAAGCCAGCCUAGUGUUUCCGACCUUCAGCAUCUCCAUAUUCUUCUUCUUCUUCUUCGUUAAUAAAAAACCCUAGUUCGCAUCUUCAUUCAUCAACUCUUUGAAUGGUUGAACACACAUCUUAUUCUUUCAUGAUCUGUCUCUCCUCUUAUAGGGCAACCGCGCGUUUGCUACACGCGUUGUCCUCCCCCUUUCCUUCUUUUGGUUCUCGCAAAGAAGCCUGGUAUUAUCGCUGCCUCGGCCUUGACCCUUGAACCUUUUUCUUUUUUGUUUUAUUCUCUGUUUAAUUAACACCUCAGUUUUUUUCUAAAUUUCUGGAGAACUUAUUACGUCUUUCACAUGUAUUACACCGAAGGGAAGAAAUAAAAAAUCAACAAUGAAGAAGAUGAAUGUGAUUGAGAAAACGACGUUGCCUUUGGACAAGAAGAAGAGUAAUGAUCAUAAUAAUAACACUGCAGGGAAGAAAAAUAGAUUCUUGAUUACUAUCAACGUUCUUGGUAGUGCAGGACCCAUCAGGUUUGUGGUGAAUGAAGAGGAUCUUGUAGCCGCUGUUAUUGAGACUGCCUUGAAGUCUUACGCCCGUGAAGGCCGCCUUCCGGUUCUCGGCUUCGAUGUCAAUAACUUUCUUCUCUACUGCGCCAAUGGAGGAUCAGAUGCUUUAGGUCCAAUGGAAGCGAUAGGAUCUGGAGGGGGAAUUAGAAACUUUGUGCUGUGCAAGAAACAGAUGCAGCCACAGAUGACAGAAGGGAGGUCAAAGAUGAUUAAUCAAAAGGGACAUGGGUGGAAGGCAUGGCUCAAUAAAUCUCUUAGUUUUAAAAUACUACCUCAUUGAGAUUGAGGUUAGUUACUCCAUAACUUUCAUUUCACACAUGAUAAUCUUCAUUAUCAUCCCCAUAAACGACUUAUUCUAUCAGAAAAACUUAAACGCUAUGUCUAUGUGAUUUACGACAGAAUAAGCCAUGUAAUUUGCCUUUUGUACAUUGGAAUGGAAUGGCAUGCAUCUACUUCUUCUGUUU